UGCCUAGAAAGCAGUUCGGUCUCAGACUUUCGUUCUAAAACAUGGGUCUCUCCACUAUACUCCGAUCGAUCGUGAUCGCAAUUUUACUGUUUUCCGAAUUCGGAUUGAUAAAUUGCGAUGAAGAUUUGGAAUUUCCCGAGGGAUUUGUAUUGGGAGCAGCCACGGCUGCUUAUCAAAUCGAGGGUGCUUGGAACGUAAGUGACAAAAGUGAAAACCAGUGGGACCAUUUCACGCACAGUGGUAAAGGCGUCAUCGUAGGAAACGCAACGGGAGAUGUUGCCUGUGACUCUUAUCACAAAUAUGAAGAAGACGUCGCCAUGUUGAAAAAGCUGGGUUUUCAGUCCUACCGUUUCUCCAUAAGCUGGUCUCGCAUUCUCCCAUCUGGAUUCCCGAACAAGAUCAGCAAAGUCGGCGUGGACCAUUACAACAAACUAAUAGACGCCCUCCUGGCGAACAACAUCGAGCCUCUGGUGACGAUAUACCAGUGGGAUCAUCCCCAGGUCCUGGAGGAAUACGGAGGCUGGACGAACGAGUUGAUGGUGGACUGGUUCAGCGAAUACGCCAGGGUGAUCUUUCGGGAAUUUGGUCAGAAGGUGAAAUUAUUCGCCACCCUUAACGAGCCGGAUUCGGUGUGCCUAAUUGGGUACUCCCUAGGGAUCAAUGCUCCAGGAAAAAAGCUGGACGGAAUUGGGACCUAUCUUUGCAUGCACAACAUGUUGAAGGCCCACGCAAGGGCCUACCACAUCUACAAGAAGGAGUUCGAGCCCAGUCAAAAGGGAAAAGUCGGGAUCGUCAUCAACACCAUGAGCUUUUAUCCGAAAGACCAUGAUAAUGUUGGCGCGGAUGAAAUCGCUUAUCAGUUUAAAAAUGGCUGGCAGCUGGACCCGAUUUUUUCCGAGCGCGGUGAUUACCCCGAGCUCAUGAAAGAAAUGGUUGCUAAUAAGAGCAAAGCCGGAGGGUUCCCUAGUUCCAGGCUUCCGGAGUUCUCACGGGAGUGGGUCGAUUAUAUCAGGGGAGCGUCUGAUUUUUUGGGAAUUAAUUACUAUACGGCUAAUUUGGUUGAAUAUGGCACAAUUGGACCGGAUCCAUCGUAUACCCGAGAUCAAGGAGUUAUUCGAACCUUUGAUCCAUCUUGGAAGCGUGCCGCCUCGAUUUGGCUUUUUCAAGUGCCGCAAAGUUUCGGCGACAUCCUUCGCAGGUUUGCACGUGACUACAAGAAUAUGACUUUUUUUAUUACGGAGAAUGGAAUGUCAGAUAAAGGAGAGAUGAAUGACAAUGACAGAAUUCAAUUCUAUCAUGAUUACAUUAAAAGUAUGUUGACAGCAAUGAAAGAAUAUGGCGUAAAUGUUAAGAGAUACUACACGUGGUCACUAAUGGAUAAUUUCGAGUGGAGCAGCGGUUACAGCGAACGCUUCGGCAUUGUUCAUGUAAACUUCACGGAUCCUAACCGGACGAGAACUUGGAAGAAAUCUGCAUAUUGGUGGCAACAAGUCAUACGACAACGCAAACUAUUGCCCGAUGUUAAUGUAACUGUUGCAUAAACACGUAAAAAAGAUGUAAUCUUUAUUUAUUAUAUCGAAUAAAAGCAUAUAUCAAACACAUAUAUAAAAUGAAA